AUGCAGCACAGUGGAUCACGUGAACAAAUCAAUUGGAAGCAACGAUCGUGUCAUGUAUUUGCCAAUCAAUUAAUGGCAAAAGAAGGAAGCUUUGUCGUAUUGAAGCUCACACAGAAGUGCGCGUCCAUGCGCGGGCUGAAUUUAAACGUGCCAGCAAAGUUGAUUGUUGGCCAACCGUCCAAGUUGGAAUUGACCGGAUUCAUGUGUUCGGAAAACAGACAAAUAGAAUCGGCUGAAGCGACAUUCUCUGGCGCAUCAGAAGGUGAUUACGGAACAGGUGAAAAUAUACCAGAACCUCUACAAGUGCUGCCCGACAUCAUUUCAGAACUUAUGAGGCUUGCUGACAAACUGUUUGAUCAACGACCAGAUUUAUUUGCAGUAUGUAACCAGCCAUCGAUGGACAUGUUCGCUGGCAACCGGCAGAGUACAAUCAGCAACCGAUGGAAGCUCGGUCAAAUUUAA